GCGGAGCCGCUCGCGGUGGGUGAGGAGGAGGAGGAGGACACGAGGAGCAGACCUCGUCUGGAUCCCACUCCGGUUCCAGCCGCUCGCUCCUGGACCACCAGUCCACUGGUUCCCGGAGAACUCUGACCUCUUUUUUUCUCUGUCUCGAGGGCACCUCCACAUCCGGAACCAGAAUCUCUUCCGCGUGUUAAAUGUCUGCAGCGCGAAAGGUCGCCAGAGUCUCAGCGUGGAUUCGGGAAAUGAGACCCGCCGCGGAGUCGGAACCGCGGGACUUUGAAGAGUUGUGAUCUUUUUUUUUGCGCACUUUUUAUCCGCGCAGCAGCGUGAAUGGACUAUGAUCCGAUUGAUCUGAGGCGUCACAAGUCCAACUCAGCCACCAUGACGAAGGUCUUCAACCGCAUUAUUGUCCAGAAGUAUCUGCACCAUAAACUGUCCAAAAAGGGUCACGUGUGGCGGUUCGACUGCGGGGACGACGACGCCGAUGACGGGCCCGAGACUGACGGAUCUCCGCUGCUCUACAAGCAGCAGCAGCAGCCCGAGCCGCGCGCCUCCGUCCACCGAGUGCUGCGCGAGGCCGGGGAGGAACUUGAGCGACUGUACCAGUCGGACUUCACGGACAUGUCCCGGCGCCUGUAUCUGACCUCCGCCACGGCGCGCGCUCGCUUCUCCGAAGUGAUCGAUGAACUGUUCCGGGACGGCGUCAACUGGGGGCGGAUUAUUGCGUUCUUCGAGUUUGGGGGCACCGUGUGCGUGGAGUGCGCGUCCAAGGAGGACAUGACGUCUCAGGUGGACCUCAUCGCCGAGUGGAUGACGGAGUAUUUGAAUGGACCUCGGCUGAACAGCUGGAUCCUGGACAACGGGGGAUGGGACACCUUCGUGGAACUCUACGACAGACAGAGGGACUCGGUCUUCAAUUGCUCUUGGCCUUCCAUCAAGACUGUUUUUGGUCUGGCUGCGCUGGGAGCAGCGAGCCUCACGAUCGGAGCGUAUCUCGCACAGAAGUGAAUCACUCCUGCAACCCCGUCGGCUCUCCUUUUUUUCCAUCCUUCUAAGAGGCUUCUGACCCCACUGAGACUACAUUCACACCCUUCAAAUCCUUCAGAAGCCCCUUCUCACUCGCCCAUUCGUGUCAAAACAAGCAGAGAUCAAAACGAGCUGUACCCGUGUAGAGCAAAAGGAACGUUUGAGGAAGUGUGCGGACGGAGUCAGUGCAACCGAGGAGAGCGGACGCUGAAGUUUUUGUUCUUUUCUAUGUGACGGUGAAAGCAUGAACGCUGAGUGUUAGAGUAGAAGUUGCAUGUGUUGGUAAGCUGAAGCUCGAGCUGGAACUCUAUUUAGGAUUCGAUAUGGACAAAGAUGAGGAACUUACGGGAAAGAAAGUGCCCCCCCGCCCGCCCCGGUAGUGAGGCAAAAGAACCCUGUUUGAACCGAGGACUCAUGUUACCCCCCUCCCCUCCCUGCUGCUGUCCUUCAAAGGACUUCCGCCACAGAACAGCUGCUGAGAAUGCUUAAUGGAGACGGGACAGAGUGUCUCAGCUCCCAGACUUUCAACGUACAGUGCAGCGCUCUUACGCCCUCCCAGGGGGGCGAUGAAAGUCUUCGACUGGCACCGAGGAGAUUUAUUUUGUGGACGAAGGCAAUGCAUUAAACGAUUCUAGUUGUGAGAGAGUGAAACGGUUGGCAGCAGGAAUGUUUGACAAGAAAGAAGACGCUCUGAUGAAAACACUGACCCUGAUGGUCCAAAGAAAAUCUUUGUCCAUUGGACCCCAUUUACACCUGCAGUCACUCCCUGUUCUUUUUUUAAAAAGUGCAUUUAAAUUAAAACUAAAUCUCAGUCCGAUGAAGCCAACCAUGAAGAAAGUUGAACAAAAUCCAUCUGAGGCCACUAGCGUCAUGUGCUACCAUGUUAGCCAAACAUUUGCCUUUAGCGAAGGGAACUCACCAAAAUGUCCUCAUGAGUCCGGAUCACAAGGUGUCACAAAGCCACCAAGUUCCCAACCGAAGUCCCUUUCAUGAAGAGUUAGCUAGCAUGCUCCUAACUUCAGCACGACUCAACACCAAAACAAUAAGCUAAUGGUCACGACCGGAUUGACGCUGCUGUGCGAAGUUUACAGGAUGGUAAACGUCCCAGAGACAAAAUGUAUGAAUUGUAAUACAACCUUUUCCCCAGUUGACCAGGGAAAGAAGCAAGGAAUGUUUGAGACGUGUUGUGAAAGAGUGAUGCAGGUGUAAAUGAGUGGGAACCCAAAGCAACGGCAGAUUUGUACGUAAAAGUUCUGUGAUUUUUUUUUUUUCUGUUCAUGAGAAAUCACACUCCAUCCUUGCAGCGAUGACACGGAGAAGGACUGUGAUCACCGCGUCACCCGGAGCAUUUGGGUCAAGUGUCCCUGCUCUGCAUUCUUUUAUCGAUGUCCGUCUUGUGUUGCAGCAACCUUUGGGAAAACCGGCUUCAUCAUUUUUGUUGUACAGAAAAGUCUUUUCUGCAUGAACUCACCCAGUUUGUGACCAGACUAGCGUAGAAGACCACGUCUUCUCUGUGGAAUCACACUGUAGCUAUCUAAUCGUGGCUGCUAUCUUAACAGCAAUGAGUUGUUGUACGAAUUAUGGCUUAAGGCUGCUACACUGUUAAUUUCACUUUAACCAACAGCUUCGAAACUGCCAGAAUCACAGUAUAGUUGUAGAGAGCUGGAAACCAAAGUUACCUAGACAGCCACGCCUGAGCGGAGUUGGUCUCCGCCUCAGUGAUAGAUUAGCUCAGUCGUCUUUGUGCACCAAUAAUAACACAGUGCUGUAAAACGUUUACGAUAUCUCUAUAGGGGACAGAACGGAUCAACAUUCUCCAUUUGUUUCCUGUCCGUGUUCCAUCUCAACCCAUAAUGUAUCUGUUUUAUUGCGCACGGUUGGUUGCCGAUUUUAAGAUACCAGGAAAUUGCACCCCAAUUGUUGGAUGUCCGAACUUACUUACUCACUUUAAACCUCACAAAAACCGCCAUAUUUGCGACAAAAGCAAAGUUGGUACAGUAUGGGAUCGCUGGGAUGUUUUCAAGUGGCACCUUUGAGGCGACAUUAGUUGACGUUCAAAAAGUCUAAACUCCAGCUUGUUGACUAGUCAGAGAAGCUGGUCACAGCGUUUCCUAUGGAGCUUGUCGCGCCUCUCAAGGGUCUCAGGAUGGAACGGUUACCCUUCCACAAGGAGAGAAGCCUGCUAUGGCAUCUUCUUAGGAUACAUAGCUUGUGAGGACCCAGGAUGCAAUGGAGAGAUUGGUUCUCAAAAAAGGGAAGACUAGGCUCGACCUAGGAAAGGUUUCGCAACACAGUUACGCCCUGAAUCCCGGAUUCAAUAUCAAGCUGACAUUCAGGGUUUCAAUAUCCAGUUUAUAACCAGGCUAGGGCGAAACGCGAGGAUAGAUUGUGCAUAUUAACCGAUACAAUCCCUGUGCGAAUGACCACCUCGAUACAGGAAGGGGAAAUGGAGGGGUACCUAGUUGCAAAGCGACACGCAAUUGGUCAAUAAAGCUCUAUGAAAGAUCCCGUUCCCAUGGCUGUCUCGUGUCGAGAUGGAAAUGCCCAGACUGCGGCGGGAAAUAUUCAGAAAAGGCGGACGAAGAAUCAUAUUCAUUCAAUUUGAACUGCACUUACAUGUACGUGUGGUGAAUUGUGGCGCCACAACUAGCAUGAUGAAACAAGAGGCGCACCGUUUUGUUUUUUUUUUAGACAGAAAUAUCCUUCCACUAUCUGCUUUCCUAAUACAUUUCCUGUACACGUUGCACAACUGUGGAACAUUGCUGUAAAUAAAAAGUAAUCUUGUGGUUCCACUGUUCAUAAAUAACUAGCAUCUUGGUGGAGCGACUACCAAGCAACGCGCUAAACAUAAACCCAACAUAACAAAUGGUGAGGAAGAGUGGAUUGAAAACUGAAAAGCAAAAUAAUGGCAGCAGAAGCUACAGAUACAGGUUUGCUUUGCCGACCAGUCACAGAUGUCCAUGGAGAAUGUUGACCUGGCUGAAACUGCUCCUAAAUAUUACGGUUGAGAAUAACAAAUGUUAAGAUUUGGAACACUUAUCCUAACAUACUGUAUUUUUUAUACUUUGAUUUCUGAAUGUGGGCACUAUUGUUGGUGUACCAUUUCUGUCCAUAAUCGCAAAUUUGUAGCACUUACAAAAAUAAAAAUUGUGUCUGGUGUUUACCGCUAUAUCCUUGAUAAGCUAGCUCCUCAUUUAUUGUUAAUAAACCAGAUCGUACAA